AUGAAUGGGAUGCCUUCGUCUCCUUCUGUGAAGCAUGCCAGAGAACGAAGCGGUGGAAUAACUGAGAGUUCGCGCAUCUCAUCCCAGCAGCUGCCGUGGACGUGGAAGACACCACGCGCAUCGUUUGUCGAGAAGACUCCCGGCACCAUAGAUGUCGGUCUGUGGGCGGUGGUCGUCAUGGGCAGCAGCACCACGUCUGACAAGACGAUCAACACGAGCACCGACUCGGCAGCCACCGCGCUCACCUCCGUCACAGGCACCGAUGACUCCAUGGAUGCCGAGCCCGACGCGCCCGAGCUCUCCGAGCCCAGCCUCAUCGACGACCCCAAUGUGCCCACACACCCUCCCAGCACAGCCCCUCCACACUACCACAGAAACCAGAACAGCAGCGACAUCGACUCCCCAGCUUACACCAAACCCCAAUCAGCUACUGACGUCAUAGACUCCCCUAGACCAGGCCCAGCAAGGUUCGUCUUCGACGUACCAAUACCAGACCCGAAAAGACAAGAGAAACCAAGAAAUAAAACACAAACGCAAGUCAGUCAGACCAGUGUAGCGUCCACGUCGAUCCAGAUCCCCUAUGACCCUAAAAUGGAUACUCCUAAAAGUCCAAAGGCGAAUCAGGCGAAGUAUGAAACGCAUUUUAAGUUUGAACCUGAUCCUGUGAAGAGAAGAGGGAGUGAGCCGAGGGUUAAGAAUAAGCAGAAGGUGGGAGAGAAGGAGUAUUAUAAGGAUGAGGUGGCGAAACUGAGGAGGCAGUUGGAAGGUACGGAGGUGUUCACAACGUCAAGAAGACGAUCCUCAGCGCACCAGCAUUCUGUGCCGCCUCCGUCUUCUAGAAGACAGUCUACAGCAGCGCAAGUCCACGUGACCGCCAAUCCCUUAGACUCCGCAGCGACCACGAUCCCCGCGGGUCGCACCACCAUCGUGGUACAACAGCCAUCCCUGUCUCUGGACUACGGGGGAUGCGCCACCAUCCUCGUGAGGGACGAGGAGCGACGCAAGAGCAGGGUCUGCAGCGACCACAUACAGCAGCUGUUGGAUGUCACCAGCCAGUUUACGUCGGAAGAUCUUCAUGAGUUUGAUAAGAGAUACGGCAGUCCUCACCACUCGCGGUCGCAGUCAGUAAAAGCUGGUCGCUCGCGCACCGGCGAGAGACAACUCCUGGGUCUACCACAGCAGAGAGCCAGGGUGGCUUCCAUGCCCAACACCGGUGUAGAGGAGGAGUACUACCGGCUCAGGCAUUUUAGCAUUACUGGUAAAGGCGUGGUGAACCGCGGUGACUCGCUGCGCUCGCGUCGGUCGCGCUCCAACACGUCCGUCGCGUCCAGUGCGUCUAGCACCGAGGCUGUCACCAGGGCAUCAGCUCCUUGUUCACUAGCUUCCUCCAGGGAUUCGUCAGCCGGCCUGAGCUCGUACCGGGUGCUGGUGCUGGGCGCUCCAGGAGUCGGCAAGUCCAGCCUGGUGGGGCAGUUCAUGACGUCGGAGUACCUGCACGCGUAUGAUACUAGCAUCGAGCACGAUAUUACAGAUGACGAAUCUGGCGAGCGCUCCGUGUGCGUGCUGCUGGCCGGCGAGGAGUCGGAGAUCACCUUCCUCGACGCGCCGCCUGAUCAUAUCAUCACGGAAGGCUGUGCCCACGGCUACUGCGUGGUCUACUCGACGGCCGACAGAGCAUCAUUCAUGGAAGCCGAGAGAAGACUGCAGAUCCUGUGGGCAGCUGGCCACACCUCGCGGAGAGCUGUCAUCCUGGUGGGGAACAAGGCUGACCUAGCCAGGUCGAGGGCUGUUCCUACUGAUGAGGGCAAAAACCUGGCGACAUCAUACGAGUGCAAGUUCAUUGAGACGUCGGUGGGCAUCAACCACAACGUGGACGAGCUGCUCGUCGGCCUGCUCACGCAGAUCCGGCUCAAGCAGCAGCAUGCCGAGAGAGUCAGAAAGCGCAGCAACUCCCGCAAGAACCGUGCGCGCGCGCGCUCCCCGCUGGAGAGCGCGGCGCCCGCGCCCGCCGCGCCGCCGCCCUCCGCCUCCGCCAACACCACGCCGCGCAAGCGCACCCGCCUCUCUGCCAGCGUCAAGGUGCGAGGCCUCCUAGGCCGCGUAUGGGCUCGCGACUCCAAGUCGAAGUCCUGUGAGAACCUGCACGUUCUCUAGCACUCGGCCGCCGACCCAGUCGCCUGCUUCCCGUUCUUCGACUGUGCUGCCACCUACACGUGAAGUGGCUUAGAGUAGACUGCGUGAGAUUUGGGUGAACUGGUUUUUGGAGAAAUAAUUUUGGGUUUUAAAUGAGAAGGGUUGUACUUGUGGAUAUCACUAAUUUUAAGAAAAGCUAAUGUUUGAGCGAGUUUAAAGACCUCAGGGGAUGAUAAUGAUGAAGUCGUGGUACAGUGGAUUUGCAAGUGCAGCUUCUUCUCUUUUAAUUAAUAAAAUCGUUACGUUACAAUAUAUCUCGAAAACUUUUGAAAAUACUGGUUUAAUUUAUUUUUUUUUAAUUUACUCUCUUUUGAUCAAUUAACGUUCUAUUUAAUUACAGUGAAAUCUAUCAAAUUCCAGUUCACAAUCAAAUCUUAUGCAGUCAAACUUCAGCAAAUUACUAUUUCUGUAAAACUAUUACCCCCAUAGCACCUCCUGUAGCAGCGAUCCCUUCACGAGUAUAUUCUGUGAGCCCCAUAGAAAUAUUGUAGUUAGUCUUCUCGCCAAUAGAUGGCGUUGUAGCAUAUUUUACAACGCCAUCUGUUAGCGUUUAGCUAAACUAAUAUUUAUAAAUAGAAUAAUAAAACCAGUAUUUAAGUAGCAAUAUUUUAUUGGUUUGAUUAUUCUACAAUUAUAAUUAUUAAAAAUAUCAGUCUCCUAAUACUUUUUGAGCUUGUGAAUAUUCUAAAGUAACUGAAACUGUCUUGCUAUGCUAUCAGAGAAACGGGUAAAAAUAGUAACAAUUUCCGGGAAAUUGACGGAUCGGCGGUAAACGAAUAUUAAACGCAAAUAAAAAUGAAUUUGUAAACAAAAUUAAUUGUUGGUGGACUGAAUUUAAAUAAAUGGUAGUCGAAAUAAACGUUUAAUACUAUAGUGCACGACAAGAGUUGAUGCUUACGACUUAGAGAUGGCGUUGUUUUAAAAAAUAACAUUUAUAACAAUUUACUCGUCGCCAAUGGUCGAAUAACAUCUUAAGUGACCUCCCGUCACAUUGUAGAUUUUCUGUUAAAUAAAAGAAAUGGGAAAGAAUUUUAUAAUAUCGUAUAGAUAUUUGUAAACGAUGGUAUUAUUCAAGUAGUUUAGAAGAGGCUUAUUGAGUAUUAGCUAACGAAUGAUUAGAAAUAAAAUAUAUAAUUGUGAUCCCAUUGUGUCUCCUAAACGUAAUGUUUGUACUCCACUUAGAAAUAUGUCAUUUUAUAACUACAUUAUUACGUGUGAUUUUGAAAUUAUAAAAAUAAAAUUAUUAUAUUACAUAAGAAAAUUGAUAAAGUUUUUUUAUGCAAAAUGU